UUUUUGUGGAGCCCCCUGUGAGCACUGCACUGCUAUUCUUUGGGGCCGGUCAGGUAAAUCAGCAUUCAGACACACAGUAGCAUGGCUCUGAAUAACCCCACCCCACUGGGACCAUGGAAGAUCACAGUUUAUGACCAGGAGAACUUCCAGGGGAAGCGUCUGGAGUUUACCUCAGCCUGCCAGAACAUCAUGGAGUGUGGCGUUGACAACAUCCGCUCCCUCAAGGUGGAGUGUGGAGCCUGGGCAGGAUAUGAACACUCCAGUUUCUGUGGACAGCAGUUUGUGUUGGAGAGAGGAGAGUAUCCUCACUGGGAGUCAUGGAGCGGCAGCAACGCCUACCACAUUGAAAGGAUGAUGUCCUUCCGCCCCAUCUGCUCUGCUAUCCACAAGGAGUCCAAGAUGGUGUUGUUUGAGAAGGAGAACUUCAUGGGACGCCAGUGGGAGAUAAAUGAUGACUACCCCUCUCUGCAGGCCAUGGGCUGGGGCAACAACGAGAUUGGAUCUAUGCAAAUUCAGAGCGGCUCCUGGGUGUGCUACCAGUUUCCAGGUUACCGUGGUUACCAGUACAUCAUGGAGUGUGAUCGUCAUGGUGGCGAGUACAAACAUUACAGAGAGUGGGGCUCCCAUGCUCAGUCCUUCCAGGUGCAGUCGCUGCGUCGAAUCCAGCAAUGA